CAGGGGAUGGUGGUGAAAAACGAUUGAAACGAGAAGUGUUUUGAAAAGGAAGGAUGUUGUAUUGAAGCUGCAAACUCUCUUGGCAUGUGUGAGAGGAAGAUGGAGACAGCAAGGCAACUUUCAGUAAAAAUGCCGUGGAUUAUUUUGCUCUUCUUCUGCUGGAUGGUCAGAAAAGCAUCAGGUUGCAAUCUGCUAUAUACGAACAGAGCUGAAGUCACUAAAUAUCUUGGUGAAUCUGUUCUCCUGCCGUGCUCCUGUGAGCAUCUCCAGGAUAAACCUCAGAACUUAAGAUGGCACAAAAACACAAACACACUGAUAUAUCCCUCUACAUCUCAUCGCUCAGACAGGAUUCACAUGUUCAAUCAGGAUUCUCCAGGAAACCUUUCCCUGUUCAUAUCAGACCUGACUAAAGAGGAUGGGGGACACUACAGGUGUGAAGGCUCGAGGUACAGCUACAGAGACAUCUAUCUCACAGUUAAAGGAUGCUCUCUAAUGGAAAAGGACACAACAAAUGAGAUUGUGAAAAGCUCAGGAGAAUCUGUCCUGCUGCCCUGCUCCUGUUCUCCUCUGCAUGCCAAACCUGAGAGUGUGAUGUGGGAUGUCAUCAACCGGAAAGGGCCUCCAUACAGGUCAUCCAUUGAAAUACCCAUUACAAGUGGACCCUACAGUGGUAGAGUUCAGAUGUUUAACCAACAUUUACCAGGAAAUGCUUCUCUGCUAAUAUCAGACCUGACUGAGGAGGACCAGGGAUUAUAUAGGUGCUAUCUUAAUGGAGAUAAUGGAGAGCGCAAAAGAAUUAACCUCCUGAUCAAAGCUCUUGAUCCAAUAUUACCGGCAAGCACGUCAACACCCAAAGCACCACCUAAAACACAAAAACCGGUAACUAUAGAAAAAGAUAUAGUGAAGAAUGGAGGAGGUGAAACACCUCUAUACGUCUUCAUCCUCCUAGCUGUGCUGCUGUUGUUACUGCUGCUGGGAGGGGUCAUAUUCCUGUACAUGAGACACAAAGGCCAAAAAGGGGCAAUAGCAAAUUCAGGACAGAUGCAAGUGGAGGAGCUAAAGGAUGACUCUAGAGUGUACUGCACUGUACAGGAAACCAGAGACGACAUGUUCACACAAACAGAAAACCAGGAUGAUGUGACCUACUCAACCGUGACCCAUAAUAAAAAACACAGAGCAGCCCAAGUGGAGAUGGACACAGACGACAGCACAGAAUACGCCAGAAUCAAGAGAACAUGAGCCAAGACACCCUUAUAAACCCCUGUGCUUCAUGCAAGCAUAUUUAUAGUGUUUUGGGUUUACCUUUGAGUAGUUCCAACCAUCUCAUUAUAAUUUACAAUGUUCACAUUUAUAAUAGUCUUAUACAUGUCAUGCUGUUAUGUUUUACAUUAGAUAUCCUGUCUAAAAAUAUACGUCAUCAAGUGCCUGUAAAAAUACAUGAUAUCUCAUAGUGGUGAUGAAAUGUUAGUUAUGCCUAUCAGCAUGUCUUCUGACAAGCUCUUGUAUUGUUGUAAAAAUAUAUAUAUAAUCACUGUCAUGAAUGUCUUUUGUUCAUGAGAAUAUAUGUAAUGUAUGUAUUUAAAUAAUGUAAAGUCUGUUUAGUUUGAAUAAACAAAAUAUUUUCAAGUGAAA